AAUUGUUAGUGGUCUCCAGUAAUUUUUACCAUACAGUUUGAUACGACACUGUGCAAAGUACAAGCUCAAUUCCUUCCGGGAACUACUCUUCUAGAAAUAUGAUUAAAAUCAAACCAGGCCGCGAUGUCCAAGCGACAAUCAACUACAGCAGAUCAUCCACAACCGAGAAAUGGUUCAUUGACACAAUCUCGUGUCCUAACGGGAAUAAAAUCACGAACGCCGAAAAUGAUCCCAUUUCCACAACCAUUCACGACUUGAGAGGCGUUGAACAUAACUUUUCCCUGGAUAAGAACGGAUUCCAGGCCAUUUUCUCACCCACUUCGGUCCCAUCCAACACACUCCUUUCAGGAGGAGAUGUCCUAAAGACCGUGUAUUACCCCGAAGUAGAAAAGCUUCUCAUGGAAGUGACCGGAGCGGACAAGGCCGUCGCGUUCGACCACACAAUUCGACAGUCUCAAGUCAACUCGGAAACUUGGCUGCAUCGACUCCCCGUUAUGCGGGCGCAUGUUGACCAAACACCGAAAAGUGCGUGGGGCCGGAUAGCCCUGCACUCACCGGAAGUUCAGUCAUUUUAUCGCUUUCAAAUAAUCAACGUCUGGCGACCCAUUGUCAAUAUCGUGUACGACUACCCGCUAACUAUGGCAGACUUCAGGUCACUCAAUUUACAUGUGGAUUUGAUGCCGACGGAUCUACGAUAUCCGGAAGUGUGGGUGAAGGACAAGGAAACCUAUUCCGUGAAGUGGAACAGAAGUCACGCCUGGUAUUAUUGGAGCUGCAUGACACCGGAUGAAGUCCUGAUGGCGAAAUGUUACGACAGUGCGAGUCAAAGGUUGGCAGAAGCGUAUCCACUUCCUCUCGAACGCGGAAAUCGAAACCUGUAUUGCAGCGAAUCCGUGGCCGGACUGGCUCCGCAUACGGCUUUUUAUGACGAGAAAGCAUCCAUGAAAGGCAGUGGGAGAAAGUCCAUUGAAAUUCGGACCUUAGUUUUUUAUAAAUAAGUUAUCUUUCUUAAUUGAGACUAUGGUACUAUAAAAAAUCAAGUUAUUUCCAAAAUUGCA